AUGUCCAAGUUUCUGGAUAGUGGCUUUGAAGCAGCUGUUGAAGUGAUUGAUAUCUCUCACGCUUCCAUUGACGGGGCUGCUAUUGCAGACUUUCUUAAAAACACACCACGCCUCAGAAUAUUGACGUACUCGCAUAAGGCAGGACGAAAUGUUGGCUUUCAAGACUGGGAUCUCUGCCAGUUUAUUAUGGCCAUUGAGAAUGAGGUUGGGGGCCAUCUGGAGGAGCUAUCCAUCCGCAUUGGUGAACUACAUGGAUCAAUCGUUCCUGGAAAGGUAUCGAUAUGUGGCUUCCAGAAUCUGCAAAAGCUUGAACCAAUGUGCAAUCUUACAUCUGCUGCAUCAGCAAGCCAUGAACUGCUUCUCAGUGAUCUUAUACCUGCUUCGGUCUCUAAGCUUUCCCUAGUGUCGCACGGAAAAAGCCACCAUGAGAAGGCUCUUGACGCCUUGUUCUGUGACCUUGCUGCUAGGAAAGAUGAUCAGGUGCCUGCACUUGAAAAAAUUUACCUGUCCUACCCUAGAGAUGCAGAUAGUCUGUACAAGGAGCAGUGUGAAAAGCUGGCUGCAGAGACAGAGAAAGCAGGUGUCCUUUUACAUCUAAAGUCAUAA